AUGUACUGGUCUACUGACGAAUUUUAUAGAAAUUCUGUAAUUAGUGAAGUCAUGCCUUUCAAACGCUUUCAGAAAAUCACAGAAAAUUUUCACAUUGAUAACAUAUUAGAAGAAGCUCAACGCGAUGACCCGAGCUAUGACAAACUGUGUAAAGUACGACCAAUAGUGGACGCUCUGAACGAAACAUUUCAACAAAACUGCUCCUCAUCGCAAAAUCAAUCCAUUGACGAGAGUAUGAUAAAAUUUAAAGGCAAAUCAUCUAUGAAACAAUACAUGCCUAAAAAACCAAUUAAACGAGGUUAUAAAUGCUGGUGUCGUUGCGAUUCUAAAACUGGAUACCUCUAUCAGUUCCAAAUUUAUACAGGCAAAACAGAUAAUACAGCUGAAGAGGGAUUAGGGUGUAGAGUUGUUUUGGAUUUAUGUCAAAAUGUGUCAGAAGAUACUUUCAUAGUUUUUGAUAAUUUUUUUACGAGCCUGCCGUUGCUGGAGAUUUUGUAUUCAGAGAAGAUAUAUGCUGUAGGAACCAUUCGAGCGAACAGGAAGGGAUUGCCACCAGAAAUUAGCAAGCAAAACAAAGAUCUAAAACUGAGUCCUGGUGAGUUCAUCUUCAAAUAUUCCAAUCCUAUUGCAUGCAUUAAAUGGAUGGAUACAAAAGAUGUAUUAGUAAGUACUACAGCACACGAUCCAAGGUCUGUUGAAGUAAUACAAAGGACACAGAAGAACGGCUCAAAAAAAGCAAUGUUUUGUCCAGUUGCUAUAAAGAAAUAUACAGAACACAUGGGAGGAGUCGAUCUAUUUGAUCAUUAUAGAUCAUCUUAUCCUCUGAGUUGCAAGUCAAGAAAAUACUGGCACCGUUUGUUUUGGUUUCUUUUCGAGGCGGCUGUGGUGAACUUAUAUAUUGUUUACCAUCAAAAAAGUCUUAUGACACACAGAGAUUUUCGUUUCCGACUUGGCCGUCUACUCAUAAACAACUUCCGUGCCAAAAAAGUGACUGUUCCCCUUUUUAAGAACAAAAAGGGUGGAGUAUACGGUGUUCCUGAUGAAAUCAGACUGCUGAAUGUGGGACUACAUCUACCUCAAGAUAAUUUGAAAUUCCGCAGAUGCCGCUUUUGUUCUACUCGCGUAAAAGAGAAACGCUCCAGAUUCAUAUGCAAAACUUGCAAAGUAUCUAUUUGCCCCGAAUGUUUUGACAACUUUCAUAAAUAA